CAUGUACUUCUACGCAGGCAUUGCUUGAAGAAUAAGUGAGUAUAAUUUUGUUGAUCAAAGACUCUGGUUUUGGAGACAGUUGCGCUGACAACAGACGACGGAGUCAAUGACUGAUUUCACUGCUUGCAAGUACAGUCGAAUCUUGGGCUGCGCUUGUUCAAGGCAGCUGUGAGUGCUUGAGCAGUCCGUAACACAAUUCGAAGCACAAGGCGAACACACACACACACACACACACGCACAGAGAUGCAUGCAUGAGAUCUUCAAGCAGCGCAACCACACAUACUUAUCCAAAGUGCGUUUGCUGCACCCAUGCCUCAUGUGAAUAUUCAGUCUGCGAAUGGCGACUAUCAAAUUUACUAUCAGAGGUUGCCGGAGCAUGCUGAAGACCUCAAUGACCGACCUCGAGUCCUGUUGCUGAUGGGCUUAGGUGGUACACAUGGUUUGUGGAAGUUUCAAUUUGAGUACCUGCAAACAUUUUGUCAAGUUUGCGCUGUGGACAACCGCGGUACCGGGUACUCUGGGCAUCCUUCAGGCCAAAUAAGGUACACCACCAAGCGAAUGGCGGAAGAUGCCUUGGCUGUGCUUGAUGAUCUUGGCUGGACGAAAGUGCACAUUAUUGGCAUCAGUAUGGGUGGAAUGAUUGCGCAGGAGCUGGCCAUCGCAGUGCCAAACCGUGUAGCUUCCCUAGCACUUUUGUCUACCUAUUCCUCGGCCCUCUUGGCUUUACCAACCGUUGCAGCCUUGAUUGACUUGGCUCGCUCCACCGGACUUCUCACGAGAGACUUGCGUGAGCAAGGGCGGGCCUCCAUGAGGCUGAACUUUCCCGACCGUUGGCUUAGUGGAAAGCGGCUCUCAGAAUUGCAUGAGGGCAAGGAGGUUUCGAACUUCAGGUGGGUGAACAAAGCCUUCAUUUUGAUGAGCCUGGAAAUUCCAAAUGAGUUGAAGAGCAAAGGAGCUGGACCACCCCCAAGAACUCAGCCCAGUGAGAUGUUUAAGCAGCUUGCCGCAGUUUUAACGCAUCAUGUCAGCAAUGCUCGGUGUGAGACACUUCGCAAACUUGGAGUGCCGGUUCUGGUCAUGACAGGUAGUGAGGAUUGGCUUGUCCGCCCUGUGAAUUCCAAUGUCAUUGCAAGGCAUUUUAACACGAAAGUGGACGUUUUGCAUGGUAUUGGGCAUGGUCUCAUUUUCCAAGACUCUCCGAUGGUCAAUGAACAUUUGGCAAAGCACAUCAAACUUGGAGAGGAGUAUGUCCAAACUCUCAAUCGCUCCAAGCUUUGACGGCACACGAUUGGCUGAAACGGCACACGUUGACAGUGAGAAAGGGAACUAUGUGAUGGGCUGUGUGUGAUGAGAUGUGUUUUCCUUUUGGUCAAUAUGAAUGGCACAAAAGCAGAGACGUUGGAGAAAAAAAUCAAAAAAAACGAAAGAACCUCAGAUGUGCUGGGUUUUUGGGCUAAUUGAUGGCCCUCGUCUAUAUGAAC